CCACCCCUUCCAGGCAAAGCAAACGCAUGUCUUCCUAAUGCAAGAAAGCGGCGGGCAGGCUGACACGGAAGGAUCUUGACAGGGAGAAAAGAGGAGGCAGAGAGAGGCGAGCCCACUCCAACUAGUGCUCGGGCACUUUCAGCAGGGGAAGGGAACCCUUUUCCCCGGGCAUCUGCAGACUAAGGGAAUGUAUUUAAUUCACACAAACAUGGCUGCUGCCUUCCGAGCUGCAAACCGAGUGUUGUGUCCAUUAACAAAAAGCAGCAGCUGCAGUCAAGUGAGAGUCCAAAUACAAUGGAGAGGUCAGUCAACAGCAGCAGCAGCCACACAAACAAAAAGCACAGAGCCUCAAAUUCAGCCUGAAAAGAGGAAAACUAAAACAGGAAUCUUGAUGUUAAACAUGGGUGGCCCAGAAACACUGGGAGAUGUCCAUGAUUUCCUACUUAGGCUUUUCCUAGAUAAGGACCUGAUGACGCUUCCAGUACAAAAUAAGCUGGCACCAUUUAUUGCCAAACGUCGCACACCGAAAAUCCAAGAACAAUAUAGCAAGAUCGGAGGAGGGUCGCCAAUUAAAAAGUGGACUGUAACACAGGGAGAAGGCAUGGUGAAACUGCUGGAUGAAAUGUCUCCUCACACUGCUCCUCACAAAUACUAUAUUGGAUUUCGGUAUGUCCAUCCUCUGACAGAAGAAGCAAUUGAAGAGAUGGAGAAAGAUGGCGUUGAAAGGGCUAUUGCAUUCACACAGUAUCCGCAGUACAGCUGUUCUACCACGGGAAGCAGCCUAAAUGCCAUUUAUCGCUACUAUAAUAAAAAGGGGGAGAAGCCAAAGAUGAAAUGGAGCAUUAUUGACAGGUGGCCCACACAUCCCCUUCUCAUUGAGUGCUUUGCAGACCACAUACAAAAAGAACUGGAUCUGUUUCCACCUGAGAAAAGGAAAGAUGUUGUCAUUCUUUUCUCAGCUCACUCACUCCCAAUGUCUGUAGUGAACCGUGGCGAUCCAUACCCUCAAGAGGUAGGAGCUACUGUCCAAAGAGUCAUGGAGAAGCUCGACUUUUCCAACCCCUAUAGGCUCGUGUGGCAGUCCAAGGUUGGCCCAAUGCCCUGGCUGGGUCCUCAGACAGAUGAAACUAUUGAAGGACUCUGUAAAAGGGGAAAGAAGAACAUUUUGUUGGUUCCAAUAGCAUUUACCAGUGACCACAUUGAAACUCUCUAUGAGCUGGAUAUUGAAUAUGCGCAAGUUUUAGCAAAUGAGUGUGGAGUUGAAAAUAUCAGAAGAGCAGAGUCUCUUAAUGGAAAUCCAUUGUUCUCCAAGGCACUGGCAGACUUGGUCUAUUCACAUAUCCAGUCGAAUGAAAUCUGCUCCAAGCAGUUAACCCUCCGCUGUCCACUUUGUGUAAAUCCUGUCUGCAGGGAGGCAAAAUCCUUCUUCACUAAUCAGCAGCUGUGACAUGCAGCGUAGAAGAACAGACUUGAUUUGUGCAGGGAAAUCACUUAAUGGUGCAACAAUGCAGCCAUCAGAAAUUGCACACAGAUAGCCAAACUCUAGCUUUCUGGUACACUCUUCUAACCCCAGUGACUUCAGUGGGGUUGCAAUUUUGUAACAGAGAUGAAAAUUUGAAGUUUUUCCUUUUUUUAUUUGAGAGAUGUGGGUGGAAGAGAAGGAAGGAAGGGCUUGAUGCAGUGAGGUGCUGAGAGGUCUCAAUUCCCCUGGGACUAAUGGGCACUUCAUAGCAUAAGGCCCAAACGUAAGCACUGAAAAACCUUUGAUACAAACUGGCAUCUAAAGCUCUUUGCAGGGAGUUCUUUAUAUGCACUAAUGUCAUGAAUAUAUUCAUUUCAGCCUUCCAGGUAGAGUGUACUAUUUUUUUUUAUUUUUAUUUUUUGCUACUGGUGCAGUAUUGCUAACACAGUUACCAGUCAUCUUCUCUUACAGAUAUAUUUUCAGAUAUGUUUUGAAUUCUGAUUUUUUAAAAAAUAAUAUGUAUAUUUUUUAAAACAUAGAAGAUUAUUUUGGUUUUCCUGGGAGAAAAGAGAUUCUGCAAAAGCCCAAACAGGCUUUCCCCCUUUGGAACAGUGGCAUUGUAGAAGAUUUGUUUACAUUUUCUUGAAACUUUCUUAUUGUCUGAAGGAAAAUCUCUGUCUGUGGAGAGCAUGAAGUGAAAGAAAUGACCCAGGACUGAGUUAUAUUUUUGAAGCACACUCCACUUAAAUGGAGUUCUAGAUAUAUUUCAAACCUCGUUACUGUCAACAGCAAACACUGUAGCUGGUUGUAAGGGUUGGCUUAUCCUUCAAACCAAAUGUUUUUCUCUUCUCCAAAGGACUUCUCUGAUUAAGCAAAUUCAGAAAGUUGAACUGGCUCUUCUGAGGGGUUAUAGAUUUGCUCUGUGCUUUCCACUGCGUCAGGACAUUGUGGUUUUUGUGGGAUAUCUAUGGAGUUACAUGGGCACAAUCGAUCCAGUUUAAUUCAUGUUGUCAAUUAAAACCCCAGUGAUAUAUUAGGA